AUGUGGCAAGUGGCAAGUGUUACUGACCCCCUGUCGACAAUAAUUUCAUUCCAUUUGAUUUUGCAGCUAACAUUUGUCGUGCUGACAACAGCCUCGUGGGGCGAUUCGGGCCAAAGUCAGUACCACAUACAAACGGAUGAGGGACCCGAAAGAUAUUUCCGCUUUCAGACAGAUAAUGGACAGUUUCGGAAGGAGAAACGCUUGCAGGACGGCACAGUCAUUGGCACCGAGGCUUGGAUCGAUGCGGCGGGCUUUCUGCGGCAGAAGGAUUAUAUCGCUGAUAAGGAAGGCUAUCGUAUUUUAAAAUCGAAGACUAUAUUUGUGGGUCAGGGCAGAGGCAUUGAGGAUGCCAUUAAAUCCACAAAGACGGCUCCAGCUCAAUCUGGCAUUUUGGUGGAUGGCAAUGCUGGAGGCAACGUUGUACCCGGUGGUUAUAGAAAACCUAACUAUGGGUAUAGCACAACAACUUCGACGACCACCGCACCACCACCUUUAUAUGAGCCACCGAAUUUGGCGACAGCAAAUCUAGAUUCAGGUGUGGGUAAACUUAAUUAUUUGUCACCAGAGCAGGCAGCCAAGAUACAGCCACAAACGCAACUUGGCUUUGAUCAUUAUCCGGAUGAGUUGCCCAGAGCAAGAGAUCAGCUGCUGAAGGGCAUCGUCACUCCGCACGUGGAGAUUCAGCCCAAUGCGGAGGCACAUGAUGAGAUCAAUGCAAUUAAUGUGUAUGAUGAGGAGGCAGAUCAUGGAUUUGCUCCUGGUCGCUUUGCCACUGUGAUUGGCACAACGACACCGCGUCCUGGUUUGUUUGUGUCAGCUCCAGCACCUGCGUUAUCCAUGCUGCCACCUUUGGGCUCGUAUCGUAGACGGCAGAGACCACGCCCAAGUGCCAUUGGCAUUGUUUCCACGACGCCUGCACCAAUUGCGGCACAGGAGACCUUCGGUUAUUCCACGCCAGCGCAAUUUGCGCCGCCGCCCUCUGUCUCCGCUGGUGGCUAUCAUUAUGCGCCCUCAGCCACGCCUGUCAGCAGUGGUUAUGGCUACUACACGCCCAACUCACCGCUGGAGGUGAAUGCGCUGGAUGCGCCGCUGCUGCCGCCGUUGCCGGAACGCGCCUAUCGCCGGCGUCUGCGUCCGCGUCCGCUGCACAGCAACAACCUGGAUGCCUCGGACUAUGAUGGUGUGAGUGUGACACGUAAUGGUUUCCGUUAUGUGCUGCCCAAGCAAUACCAUGAGGAGUCGCAGGUGGAUGACAAGCGGGCGGGCAGCUUUGGCUAUGUGGAUCCCUUCGGCAUUCGUCGGGUUGUCUACUACAAUGCCUCGCCAGGUCGUGGAUUUGUGCAUCGCAACAAUAAUCAGUUUGUGGGUGCGAAUGGAGCACCCUACGAUGAUCCCGGACCAGCACAGUUGGUGAAUGAGUGAAAGGCGAUACGAAGUUUUAACGAUAACGAUAUUUAUCGAAGCGUUGUAGCGGUGCUACACUAAAUUAAUUCCAAUUCACAAAAACUGCCCCCAUGAUCCUCCUCACAAUGCACCAAAACUAACCGAGAAGCCUCAAUUUAAAGCUAGCCUCAUUGUGGGGGGUACUCACUGCAUGAAUGCCAAAAAAAACAUAUACAAUAAAUUCACAGUGAAUACCCCCAAUCGUAAUCUGUACAUAACCACGCUUUAAACAUUUCUCUCAACACACACACAAAUAAGAAAACGAAUAUCUGUGUUAAUUAAUUUAAUACUUGUAUGUGUAAUUUAAUUUAUGAUUAAUCCAAUUGUGCAAUUAGCGCCUAGCAAUAGUUCUUAGACUAAAGUUUCAUUAGGGGCACUCACUGUACCCCGCAAAAAUAAAAAAUGUAGUUAAGUGAGAAUCGUUUCAUGUAUUAAUCUUGCCAUAUUAACAAAACGUAAAUAAAUGCUUAACAAACACACUUACACACACCCACACCCAUAUACACACACCUACACAACACACAUGAACACACCUAGCCUAUAAAAGCAGUGACUAAUUUCUUUGCCAAUAGUUGUUCAUUAUGCAAA